GCCUCACUGCCGGGUAGGCAGAAAAUUUUCACUUCAGUCUCAAAGUGAAGUAAUUGUUUUGUAACGCUUUGUUUUUGAAGGUAUAUUUUAAUUGAGUCGAAAGUGAGUGAGAUGGUAGGCGUAAUGUGUUGUAAAUGAAGAGGGGGGAACUGAGAGGGGCAAAGAGUAGUGAUGGUGGGGGUUGGAGGCGCAACGAUGAUAUGUCUGUUCCUGGUGAUGGUCAAGACGGAAGAGGACAUGUUGUUUUUGCAAAGAGUGUCAACAACUGGAUCUGAUAUAAAAAUGGUAGAGAACCUUCGACGCCAGCUGAUGACAAACAACAACGACUACGAGCUGCACGAAGCGCGAGUGGCGAGCGACCGCGCGCUGGAGGCCGCGAACGAGAACGGGACUCGCGCGCCGGAACCCACGCCGAGCACGGGCUACGUUAAAAAUCUCACCUUUGACGCAACGAACUCUACUCUCUCAGACCGGGAGGUCGACAAUUUGAAGAGUGCUCUCAACGAGGCCAUGCGGCUCGCCGAACGGCAGAUCGCGACCGCAACGCCAGUGACGUCACGGCGUCGAUCUUACCGUAUCUACCGCCAUCCGAACCGGCGCAUAAACGGUGACGUCGGCGUUGGCGUUACCUUCACUGUGAAGAGGUUCAAGUUCAGACCAAUUUCAUAAUAUAUAAUCUAUCAUAAGACUGAUUAUGAGCGAAAUUUAUAAGUUUACUUAGUGUGGUAUUCUAGUGACGUACGAGACACUGCAGCAGCGCUUUACUUGAUUUAUAUUGAGGUAUUGAUGGAUACAUUUCGAUCGGGGGUUUAUCCCGACACAAAAAGAGUUCUUGGCUAUGUUUGACGAACAUUUUGUUUAGCUCAUUAAAAACUAUCAGCUCUUUUCUCCAUCACGUAGUGAAUUGGUAAAAAUUCCGCUCGGCAGGUUAGUAGGAUGCAAGAAGCGAGGGAUAUGAAGCCGAUCGAAACAAGGGAGUACCUAUGUGCAAAGCUAAUGUUAUUCAAAAUUAAAAAUGUGCUUGAGGUAUCGAGUUUAGUGAAUCAUUUUUAUUUACUAACACUAAGAAAUAAGAAACUUAGCGUACCGUUUGUUUAAUUACAAUACUUUUUAUAUUUGAUUUGUCUUCUUCACUUUGAAUUGUUAAAAUCGGUAAUGCUCAAAUUGAAACUUGUCACCCUGCGGGUUGCGGCGCGCACGCCGAAUACC